AUCCAAGCAGAGUCCCUAGCAGAGCCGAAAUGGAGCGUCUAGAGAGAAGACUGCCUGCAGCUUUCCUUCUCCUUCUGCCUCUUCUGUCUGUCAGCUGUGUCUCAAAUCAGAAAACUACAGUGUCCUGGUGUGUAUUGUCCAACGCUGAAGAACAGAAGUGUCUGGAUUUAGCCGGAAACGCCACAGCGCGGAAUAUUAGAGGCACUCUGCAAUGUGUCCGUGGCCUGAACACCAGAGACUGUAUGGACAAAAUCAAGAAUGGGACAGCCGAUGCAGCAUCCAUGUCUGCAGAUGACAUCUAUGCUGCUGGCCUCUGCCACGGCCUGGAGUUGGCUGCAGGAGAGUCUUACAACGGAGUGGAUGGUAUUAGCUAUUACGUGGUGGCGAUGGCGCGUCGCUCGUCCUCAGACCUGUCCCUGCUCGAGAUGCACGAACGCAGCUCCUGUCACCCCGGCAUACGCACCACGGUGGGGUGGACUGUUCCUAUUGGCUACCUGGUCAACACCUCCCAGAUCAGCAUAGGGGAGCAAUGCAACUUCCCUAGAGCUGUUGGCAACUUCUUUGGCUACAGCUGUGUGCCGGGCGUUAAGGAUCCCCAGCACGACCCCAGAGGCAACAACCCCAGGAACCUUUGUGAGGCCUGUAUAGGAGACGAGAAUGACAGACACAUCUGUGCCAGUAACCACAAAGAGAGGCACUACGGGGAGGCAGGGGCACUGAGGUGUGUGGCAGAGAACCUCGGUGACGUGGCCUUUGUCAAACACACAACAGUGUUUGACAAUUUGGAUGGUAAGAACCAGGAGUCCUGGGCCCUGGAUCUGGAGCUGGAGGACCUGAAGCUGCUCUGCCCAGAUGGGACAGAGGCAGGUCUGGACGAGCAUGAACGAUGCCACCUGGCAGCCGUCCCGGCUAACGCUGUUGUGGUGCGCACAGAGAACAAGUGUCGCGUCUGGAAGUACCUGGAACGUUUACAGAAUGUGUUUGGCAACGCCACCGAGGGCUUCAGCCUGUUCAGCUCAGCAGGCUAUGGCGAAUCCGAUCUGCUCUUCAGUGAUGCCACCCACCACCUGCAAAGGGUUCUGGGUAGCUACACCUCUUGGCUGGGCCCUACUUACACCACCAAGCUGCAAGCCUUCGAGUGUGAGGGCUUCUGCUGAUGGAACAGUAGGAAGAUAUCCAGCGCAUCAACUUCCACCCCAUCCCUCUGUUCCCCAUCUUCCCGUUCUGCCUUCCCUGCCUGCCAUCUGUGUCCCUCUGCCACUCCAUCUCACCAUCCUUCAUCCUUUCUGAUUGGCUUUUUGUGUUUGUUUUCUCCCUGCAUUUCACCACCCAUUCUCUUUUAUUAUGUCCUCGUCCUCCUCCAACCCAGUGCUUCCUCUAGCAUGCUGGCUGGCAGGGUAGGACAUCGCUAAGAGGGGCUAAAUCAGCGAAGAAAAAACUUCAGAAAAUGUCCCGGAAACUGACUUUAGGUUUAAGAAAUGACACUAGGAAGAAAGGGAAGGAAAUAGAAAUGAAUAGGAUAGAAAUAAAAAACAAUAAAAUAGAAAAGAAGUGCAGGUUAAUAAGAGUUGUGGUUCGUAUGUUAUUGACAGAUUAUGUCUCUUAAAGCAUUUUCAAAAGAGAAUUUUGAUGAAGAUUUUUGCAGAAUUACCCCAUAAGCAUGUAACGUCUUCCCCCAAUAUUGAUUUAUACGUACAAAAAAAGUCCUGUUAAAUGUUCCUACCCUGUAUGUUUGUUGUGAAAUUAUGUCCUUGUUGCAUUGGUCUAAAGCUUCAGUACCACCCAUACCCUCCCUCCUCCCACAGGGUCUGUCUCUGGCACUGAACAACUGGGUGCUAUUAACUUUGAGCUUAGAAGUCUCAGUUACUGAAUGUGUGUGUGUGUGUGUGUGUGUGUGUUUAUGUGAGUGUACACUUUUUCCCACAGCCAUUAUUGCCCUAAUUGGAAGUCUGGCAUAUUAUGCUGUUUGUUUGUGUGUGAGUGAGAGAAAGUGUGUUUGUGUGCAUGUGUGUGUGCAUUUGUCUGUACAUGUACGUGCCUAUGUGUUAGUGUGUUGAUAGAAUUGCUGCUUUCCCAUGGCUUGUAUAGCAUACAUCUUUGGAUCACUGCUUUCCCACGACUGGUAUGGUGGACUGGACUAUUCCAGCUCACAGUGUAUUGUUACACUAUACAGUUAGGGAGAAACUGGAUUAGGGCAUGGGUUGCUUUCCGUGACCCCUACGUGAGUCUUUUUAAAAAAAGCUUUAAUCAUUUUCUCAUCUGUGACAAUAUUUGCAUCACCCAAAACUCCCAAAAUGUGCUCUCAGAAUCCUACUUGAUCUGUCCUGCUUCAACACAUAAAGGAAUAUGUGGACUACUGCUGUGUUUUUCUACAAUUUAUCAUUUAUACUUUAAGAUUCCUACCAGUAGUGAGACAUUGAUAGUGAUAGAAGGUAAGAGCUAUUAACAGGAGGAUGUUCGAGGCUGGUGUUACAACCAGAAAUUAGUCAGUACAGCAUGUGAUAUUAUCAAACAAUUGUUAUGAAGAAGAGGAUUCCUGUAUGAAUGUGCUAUUAAGAAAUAGUUAUUGUCGAAAAAUACAUGAGAUCAUUUAUUUUUCUGACAUGUUUAAGGGACUGUAAUUAAAGAAUCACGGUUAAAUCACCAGCCAGUUUAAAGCUUUACUUUAGCAGACUGUAAUUCUGGGCUUUAGUUGUCGUCCCUGUCUUUAUUAUUUCUUUCACAUUCUGCACCACAGAGCUCAGCAAUAAACUGAUAAACGGGAUGAAGUUCUCCUCGUCAAAAAGUUUGGUUUAUGACCUCCUCAUACUGGAAGAAAUCAAAUGAAUUAGAGCUAGUCCAACAGAUAUAAAUACAGGAAUGUAUUUACAGUGAUUUGCUGAGGCAACAGCAGGUUUAUGUAGGUUACUUUUGCUUGGCCUUCUUUUUGAAAUAAAACAUUGUCACGUUUCAUCUCCUGUAGCCAACUGUAAGUGUUACGUUUUGGCUCUUGAUAGCAGUGUGAUUGUGCAAGAUGAAAGGUGCCAGAUUUUUCUCCUAUCUGAAGGAUAAAGGCAUAUCUGUUGUAUUAAUUCAACUCUGGUUUGUACCAUUGGUGCUGUUCAUUUAUGCCGUUGUCUUCAAAGAGCCUUGAUGUAAAUACUCCUCCUGAAUGUGUA